UAAUGAGCGGAUUCUCCUUGAGCCAGCCUGGAAGUGGAGGAGUGGCAAGGUCAGGCCGCUCCGAUCCAAGGAGCAGGGAUGCAGAACAGAACUGGCGUCGUUCUCUGUGCUCUGCCGCUCCUGCUUGGCUUCCUGAUGAUCUGCCUGGGAGCCUUCUUCCUUUCCUCUGACUCUACGUUCCAGUGUCAGAAGAACCGGGUCCUAGCAUAUUUGCUUCUACUUCUGGGCUUUGGGAUGCUUCUGAGUGGGAUUUUCUGGUGCACCUACCAGCAAGCGAGCAGGAGCAAAGGGGUGUUUGGUCAUGUGCUCAGACAGCACAAUGCUCACAGGGACCUGCCCCUGGCCACGGUGGACAGGCCGGACUUCUACCCUCCAGCUUAUGAAGAGAGCCUCGCCACGGGGAAACAGGUGCGCGCUGCCCACGGCGAGGCCUGGGGCGCCCCUCCUCCUCUGUACGUAGAGGUGGGCCUCGAACUCAUGGACGGAAAUGAAGCCUACGCAGAGACCCCUCCCUCCUACCAGGAGUCUGUGAAGGUCUCCGAGCCUGCAGCGACUGCGGCAGAUGCUGCGAGACCAAGCCCAGCACUGAAGGCUGGCCUUGCGCUCCAGCCCGCCGAGUGCACCCGCGGGGGCCUCAGCUUCUGGUGUGCGCGGCAUGCCUGAGCCACCGAGCGAGCUGUGCGACCACCACGCAGCUCCACUGACCCGCUCGCCCACGCAGGGCAGCCUGGGGCCCUGGCAAGGCACAGCCGGUGCCAAGCAGACACUUUAGAGGAGUCCCAUUGAUUCUGAGCAAGAGGAGCCUUGGGACCACCAAAGUGGCGUCCAGCAUGGCUCUGGCCUCGAGGAGGCUUUCUGUCCAGCCUGGCUCCCCCUUUUUGCACUCAGCCCCCAGCUGGAGGAACGCAGAAAGCUGGUAGGGACAGCCCUCGCCUCCACACGCUGCACUACCUGAGAAUCACUAAGAGAAGGUCCUGGGAAGAGGAGGUCAUUGCCUUUUAAUCUGUUGCUCAGCAUUUUGUUCGCUGGCUUCACGACUCCCUGCUUCAACCACGUUACCAGAGCAACGCAGUCAUUCGCAUCACAAGAGACACCCUUAGAACCCAGGAAUGUUAUUUUGUACCAUUUUAUUGUAAUUACAUGUGGCUAUUUUUCUAGUAUUAAAGGGAAGGUCUGUACUUGCUUUCAAAAUGA